GUUGAAAACUACACGAUUCAUAACUUAAUUGCUGUGCAAGCUGUUCUACAAAGACUUGUUCUUGGCUGGCGCACGAGAAAGACUUCCCUGAAACUACCUGCUUUUCUCAACCUGAGGAGGACUAGCUGGCCAAUCACAGUUUACAAUUUUGUUGAAUUCCAUUGACCCUUCAAUUCAUUUCUGCUUAUUUAGCUCUGGUGCUUCUGGUGGUCUGUAAUUAGGACCAGAACUGAUCAUAUUUGGAGCCUUUGAUUGAGAAGAAGAUGGAGUUGGCAUUGGGAAGAGAGAGAAAAAAAGUGGUGGUCAUAGGAGGGGGUGUUGCUGGCUCUCUUCUUGCCAAAUCUCUCCAAUUCCUUGCUGAUUUCACUCUCAUUGAUGAGAAGGAAUAUUUUGAGAUUCCAUGGGCAAGCUUGAGAGCCAUGGUGGAGCCAUCAUUUGCGGAGAGAUCAGUGAUCAACCAUAUAGAUUACCUCACCAAUGGCCAAAUUAUUGCAUCCAGAGCAAUCAAUGUUUCGGACACUGAAGUGCUGACUGCAACGGGACGUCUGAUUCCCUAUGACUAUCUUGUCAUUGCCACUGGUCACGCAGAUCGUGUUCCCAAAACUAAGACCGAGAGACUUGGUCAAUUCCAAGAAGAGAAUCAAAAGAUAAGAUCAGCUAAUUCAAUUCUAAUUGUUGGAGGAGGCCCAACUGGUGUAGAACUUGCUGGAGAAAUUGCUGUUGAUUAUCCAGAUAAGAAAGUUACUCUGGUGCACACUGGAUCAAGGUUGCUGGAAUUCAUUGGACCAAAAGCUGCAAACAAGACUCUGAAUUGGUUGAAAUCAAGGAGAGUUGAGGUGAUAUUGGAGCAAUCAGUCAGUUUAAAUAAUAUCUCAGAAGGAAGCAAAACAUAUCGAACUUCAGAGGGGGGAACGUUUGAAGCAGAUUGUCAUUUUCUGUGCACAGGGAAACGUCUGGGUUCAGCAUGGCUCAAAGAAACAGUAUUAGAGAAUAGCAUGGAUGUUAAUGGGAGGUUGAUGGUUGAUGAGAAUCUGAGAGUCAAAGGUCGAAAGAACAUCUUUGCAAUUGGAGACAUUACUAAUAUUCCUGAAAUCAAACAAGGGUAUUUGGCACAAAAACAGGCUUUGGUGGCUGCAAAGAACUUAAAGCUAUUGCUAGCAGGUGCAAAAGAAAGUAAACUGGCUACUUAUGAACCUCACUCAGUAAUGGCACUUGUUUCACUUGGGAGGAAACAUGGGGUUGCACAGUUCCCAUUGACAACCAUUAGUGGACGCAUUCCAGGACUGAUCAAAUCUAAAGAUCUUUUUGUGGGAAAGACAAGGAAGCAGCUGGGCCUAGAACCUCAUCCCGUACAUGAUUAAUUUGGUGUGUAUAUGGAUUCUUCUUUUACAGCAUACAUAUAUGCGUAUGUGUAUUGCAUGUGUUACUUGCGCGCCUCCGUGCGUGUGUUUGUGGAAGGGCAGCUCGUUGACUUCACCUUACAAUCAACACAGUUGGCGGCAUCCAUAACAUCAUGUGCAAAUGUAUCUGUACAUACAGAUAGAUCUUGGUAAGGAUAAAUCAAUGAGCUAAACAAAUAGUAAAUUUUGAACCGUCUUAUCACGGUUGAAGUCUAAAUAUGCAUGUAUUAUUUGUUUG